AUGAUUUCCUUAAAUGAGGCUUUAAGUAUUGUGGCAGCUACAAUUCCAUUGUAUGUUGCCAUGAUCUUGGCUUAUAAUUCUGUAAAAUGGUUCAAACUUUUCAGCCCAGAACAAUGCUCCGGCAUAAACAAAUUUGUUGCUAAAUUCUCUAUUCCUUUUUUAUCGUUCCAAGUGAUUUCUAAAAGCAACCCAUACAAAAUGAACCUCAAGCUAAUCUGUGCUGAUGUUCUUCAAAAGGUCAUUGCCUUAAUUGGGUUGGCAAUAAUCACAAAAAUUCGAUCAAAUGGACAUAUAAAUUGGAUCAUAACGGGUAUUUCUUUGACAACAUUACCAAACACUUUGAUCCUCGGGAUCCCACUACUAAAGGCAAUGUAUGGAAAUGAAGCAGUGGUGCUUCUUGCACAGAUAGUUGCACUACAGAGCCUAAUUUGGUACAACUUAUUAUUGUUUCUCUUUGAGCUAUCGGCUGCAAAGGAAGUUCACGUGACACAACCAGCAGCAGCAACGGUUCUUGUUCUCACAUCAUCCAUUGACCUUUUGAGUCAAGAGGAUCUGCAGGCCCAACAAGAAGCACAAGGAAUCCCGAGAAGAAGAAAAACAAUGCAAGUUCUAGUAACUGUAGGGAAGAAACUUUUAAUAAAUCCUAAUUCUCACGCAACUAUUGCAGGCUUUGCAUGGGCAUUCAUAAGCUUCGGGUGUAAUGUAAAAUUGCCAAAGGUUGUAGAAAGUUCGAUAUCUAUAAUGUCAGAUGGAGGACUUGGAAUGGCAAUGUUCAGCAUAGGUUUGUUUAUGGCAUCACAGGCAAGAAUAGUAGCUUGUGGUACCCGAUUGACACUAUUGGCAAUGGUCUUGAAGUUCAUUGUCGGGCCUGCCAUAAUGGCGGUGCCCUCCAUCGCUGUUGGAUUAAAGGGAAUACCAUUUAAAACUGCAGUUAUACAGGCAGCUCUUCCGCAAGGGAUCGUUCCAUUCGUAUUUGCCAAGGAGUAUAAUGUUCACCCAAAUAUCUUGAGCACCGGGAUAAUUGUUGGAUUGCUUGUGACCUUGCCCAUAGCACUGGUCUACUAUUUGUUAUUGGGAUUAUAGGCAAAGCAGAAGACAUGCAGUGAACCAAGAAGUUA